AUGGAUGAUGCUCCAGGGGAAGAACUCCUUGGUAAUGAAGAAAGCUUCGACUGCGAAGAUGCGGCGAGGAGUCCGAGAAUAACUCAGGACUACCUGCGCUCGGUGCUAGAUCCAAGUCGUCACCGAUUCUCCGCUCGCGUUGUAGCUGGACUGGUUCUGCUGCUGCUUGCAGCAGCUGGUGUCGUGGUUGUGGCGGUUUUGAAGCCAGAACCUGAGCUUGGUGGUGCUGUUGUCCUGCGAAGUCCUGACGGAGCGCCACUGCUGGGUCUGGCACAUGUGAGCCCAGCUGCAGUGGAUGUGUUGUGCGUGAUAGAUAUCAGUCAAAUGGUGGCGCGAAUCAAUCUCGAGGGCCUUUUGAUUCCAGUCACCGAUGACCUUUGUGACUUUUCGACCCGGAGAAAACAGGGAAUCAGAAUCACCAGACAGGAUCGGGAGAGGUGCGCCAGCUUCAUAUUACUGAACAUUCUCAACUCCGCCUUGUUUGUGGGAGCAUUGGCUGACUCCUUUACGCAGUGCUCUGCAUCUCUCAAUGUUCCCGCCAAUUGUGCAGCAAACAUUGCGUCGAUAGUGGGAACCACAACUCUUAUCGCACAAUCCUCCGUGCAAAUGGAUUAUGCUUGUGUUGAUCAUGAGUGGAACAUCUCAAAGAAAGUCGAAGAGAAGAAAAUUGAAUGGAAAAAAAUCAAACUGGAUUUGCAAAGAGACGUCCAGAAGUUCUUGGAGGAUCAAGGGUUGAAUGCGGACAACAAGUUGCCCCCUGACCCUGCAGUCCCUAAGAAUAGGGUCUACAGAAGCAUUUCGGGAUGCUUUGGUUCCAUUACGCUUUCUGUGACCUUCAUCAUGAGACUGGCCAUCAUUCUGGCUGAUGCGAUCAUUCACUGCCCCAACAGUGGUGGAGCUCAGCCGAAGAUUUGUGCUUUGGAUCUCUUGGGCGUGCUUGGCUUGAUGGGUGCAUCCACGCGCUUCAUUGCAACCUCGGUCCUCACCUUUUCUCAGAUAAUUGGUAAGUUCAACGAGGAUGCUGAUUGCGCACAGGCCGCCAGUGCCCUACCCACCGGUGUCUUCAGUGCAGCCGCGGUCUUUGGGAAUGUGGAAGCUGCCUGUAGCUUGGCGUUUGCCAAGUGGAAUCCAGACAAUUGGCCAGCUGAAAGGACUGUGCCAGAAGCAGAAGAGGAAGAGGAUGAUGGAGACGAUGACUUGCUUGAUGUCUCCCCUUACGUGGAGCUGGUCACAGAGGUCAUGGAAGGGCUCAGGGGAGAUGCAUUUCUCAUGGCCAAGGACUUGGGAUUGAGUGCGCUGAUGGAUGUAGGUCCUCCCACCGGACUGGACUUGCUGGUGGAGAGAAUCAAGGAGCAUGUGUUCCCUUUGAGGCCCUUUCCAGUGAAAGGAGCAGGAAAGAACAAGGCAGGGGGGUGGUAUCGAUCGGGCUACUUUGCAGGUGACUAUGAUUGCCAAGCAGGAGAUGAAGCAGCAGGUGAUGGAGACAACUAUGAAUGGAAUGAGGACUAUGGUGAAGGAGCCUAUGUUGGGUAUGGCGGUGAGCCCACUACGGAUGACCCAGAUGAUUGUGACUGGGUAUCAGAUGAAGAUCUUGGCAUUACACUGACAGCCAUGGCUGCCUGUGACGUGGAUGAGACCUCGACAGAUGGUCUUGAAGAACUUGGUGAGGCUUGUCAGCACCAGCUGCAGGCCUAUGCAGCUGUGGAACGUGCAAAGGGGAAAGGACCCUACAAGGGAUCAGGAAAAGGCAAAAACAAGAACAAAGGGAAGGGCAAGAGAGUUGUGAAGACUCAAUUGUCCAUCCAAGAUCGGAAGGUCAGACUAGCCAGUCUGAAGAAGAACAGUCGUUGCCUGCGUUGUGGAGGAUAUGGACACUGGGCAGGUGACCCAGAGUGUAAGAUGCCCAACAAGAAAGCCAAUGCCACAACGCCGACUCCAGGUCAAACGCCAAACCAAAGGAAGGUUGGCUACUUUGCCCUGAGUGAUUCCUCAGGAGAUGACAAUCCACUGCCUUGCAUGGUCAUUGGAGCAGGGAGUAGUAAGAAGAAAUGUGGGUAUAUGGGUUAUAGGACCCCCAUUGCGUACCCUGCCAAGGCCAAGGCUAGGACACCACCACGUUCAUCCCCUGCGACCAGUGAUGGUAGCUUCACCCAGGUGAUCACCUUCGCGUGUGCCCAGGGUGCCUGCCUUUCUUGCCAGGACGUGCAGCCAAGACCUGCCCUGGUGCCAGGAUCGAGGCACAAAACUGCCAUGAAGAAACCUCCCAAUCCCCCCAGGGGAUCAACCAAGAGCACCAGCAGAACUCAUGUGGACGAGAUGCCACGUGAUGAGGGACAGCGCAGGGAAGCCUUGGGUAGGGCUGUAAGUCAGUCUGCUGCACCCAUGGUAGAUCUGGCAGAAGACCUGUUGAAGUAUGAACGUUUGGAAUUGCUUUUGAGUACUGAGGACUCAGUAGCAGUGAUGACCCAGUUUCAACAGGAUUGUGAAGUGGAGUUGAAUCAUGACCCCAUCAUGCGUGCCAGUGUCGUGAUUGACAUCCUGCGCCAUGCCAUUGAGGCCGUGGUUGAAGCCAGAGGUGCAACCCAUGUUGGUUAUGUGGCACUCUCCCCUUUGGAGGACGAUCUGAAGUGCAGCCUGCUCCCAGUGGUUGAUGUUUUGAAUGAUGAACACGUUUGGGGAGUAUUGGAUGAGGGUUGCAACUCGACGGUUUGUGGUCAUGAGUGGAUGGAAGCAUGCAAAGCCAAACUGAAGAAUAUGGGUUUUGAAGUUCCUCUGCAAUCUGAUGAGCAGAAGGCAUUCAAGGGUCUUGCAGGUAAUGUGCGCACCAAGGGUGGAUACAGAAUUCCAUUUGUGUUGGAACCUGAGGGUGGUAAGAAACUGCCAGGUGUUUUGGAGACGUAUGUGGUUGGUGAGCCGGGAGAUCCCACGCCGCUGUUGCUGUCACAACAUGCUCAAGCAGCAUUGGGUUUGGUGAAAGACAUGGCAACAUCCAAAUGCACACUUGGUAAGAAUGGUCCCACCUUGAAGCUGCACAGAACCAAGGAUUCAGGACUCUUAUGCGUAUGUCUGAGCAAGGGGUUGAUCAACAUGUCAUACAAGGAAACACCAACGCAGAUCAGGGAGUUGAAGACCCCUGACAACAUGGCAUAUGUUAGUACCACUCCACGUACCAUGGCCCCUUCUGGACAGCAAGUGCUGAUCUUUACUGCAGGGGUGGACUUUUGCCCUCCACUGGAAGCCUACGCAAAUGAUCCAUCAGCACGCAACCUUGAGAGAGUCUGCCAUAACUUUGGCUUGACUGACAGGGAAGUCUUUGUGAUUGACACCUUGGAUCUUGGAGACCCUCAUCAUGACAAGAGUUUGAGGAGUCACAUCGGAACUCACCCUGACAUUUUGGUAGGGCUUGUGCGCAAUGAUUGGACCAUGCAGGUCAUGCACGCUUUGGUCAGAAGAGUGCACCAGAGCGUUUUGGAUGGGAAGUCAGUUGGUGUGGUAGCCUACUGCAGGAGAGACCGACACAGGAGUGUUGCCCUGGGUUGGUUGAUCUCAUUUGCCUUGGAGUUCUUGAAAGACAGCUGCAGUUUGACUCAUACAACGCACGAGCCAGCUGGGCUCAGAUGUCAGGUGGCUGUCGUGGCAGAUGUGAUCACUGAUGCCAAGACUGAGGCAGAAGAUCAUGCUGGAAAGCUGCAAUUUGGCCAUCCAACACCUGCCACCUUGAAGAACAUCCUGAAGGCAGGAAGGGCGUCUCCAGAGCUGAUUGAGGCAGCUCGAUUGGUGAGGUGCCAGGUGGAGGACGCCCUGACGAGGCUGUUGCUUAUGCGGCAACCGACCGGUGGACUUGGUGACCCGGACGUGCCUGCAGAAGCGUGUUUGCUCUGCAGGGUUCCCAUCUAUGGUUCAAUUGAUGCAGGUAGAGGUUUUUACUUGCGCAUGGAUUCAGAAGUGAAGACAGCUGGCAUGAAGGCGUCAAAGGUGAUGCCUGCCCUGUACUACCAUCAGGAUGAGAACGGUGAAUUGGAUGCCACGCUGUGCACCCAUGUGGAUGACCUUUUGUUUGCCCACAAGCCAAGUGGAGCAAAGGUGAUCCAGGAGAUCCUUGGAAAGUUCUCAGUCGGGAAGACUGAAGAAGGGAGUUUCCGGUACUGUGGACGAGGCUUUACCCAGCACGAUGACUUUACAGUAGAAAUCGAUGCUGAGGAAAACACUCGAGGGAUCAAGCCAAUCCUGAUUGACAAGCCCCGUAAGGGAACGGAUGUCGUCACGGAAAAGGAAUUGACAAGUCUCCGAUCAGUGACGGGGUCGCUGGCAUGGGUAGCACGAUACUGUCGUGCAGACUUGGCAUACAAGGUGAAUGAACUCCAGAGACUCUGCAAUCCAAAGGCCACGGUGUCAGACCUAAGGCUGGCAAACAAGGCUGUCGAGCUGGCACACCAGAACCAAAACUUGAAGCUGGUGUACAAGGCCAAUUGGAUUGACUGGAAGGAUCUUGCAGUGGUGACGUACAGCGCUGCGUCUUUUGCAAAUGAGCUUGGAUUCAAAUCCCAGCAGGGCAGGGUUCAUUAUCUGUCCACGGCUUUGCACCUGACGGAGAAAGAUCACAACAUCCAUGUGAUCGGAUUCGCUUCGUCGACACUGAAACGUGUGUGCAGAGCCACGCUGCAGGCUGAGUCGUACGCACUUCAGAGUGCAGUGGAGCACGGGAUCGUCUGA